AUGCAAGCAGUUAGAAAGAGAAUAACUUCAAGUCAAAGUAGCUCUUCAUCAAACGACAAAUUGUCCAGAAUACCUAGUGGUGCUCAGGAUGAUGCAGAUUUGGAAGGGUUGUCUCCAGAGUUGAUACCGAUCAUUACUCUAUUAUCGUCACAGUCACAUAGGCGAUAUCACGAAGGUAUAUUUAUGUUAUACUAUGAUUUGAAUGCAGAUGGGAAACCUGCUGAUCGUGAAUGGAAAGAAGUUUAUGGAAUCUUGACUGGAAAUCAACUUGCAUAUUGGGAUGCGGCAAAUUUGGCUCUGUUCAAAAACAACCAAGAGGCACUAUUGGAAAUUUCUGCAAAACCAAACUAUAUAAAUUUUACAGACUCGGUUUAUAGCGGGAUGAAAAAUUUACCAGCCGCAAAGCAAAAUCUCGAUAAUGUCAUUAUAGUUUCCACAACGUUGAAAAAUAGAUACAUUUUACAGUUCAAGUCAUAUAAGGAUUUAACGCUAUGGUACAGUGCAUUGCGUUUAUCAAACUAUGAAUACAAAUCCUUACAAGAAGCAUAUACCGGAGCUCUUUUAUCGGCAAGGGGAUCGCGUUUAUCUGAUAUAAAAACUAUUUUGGCAGAAAAACGGUUCGAUCAUGAAGAAUGGGUAAGUAUUAGGUAUGGAAGCGGAAUGGCUUGGAAACGAUGCUACGCUGUUGUUGAGCCUUCUACGUCAAAAAAGAGUAUGUUUUUACCAGGCAGAAUUUUGUUUUAUGAGAACGAGCAAAAGAAAAAGAAACAGUUGAUGGCGGUUGUCAGUAACGCAUCGGCCGUGUCGGCUAUAUAUCCACAAUCUCAUCUAUUGAUUGAUCAGUCAACAAUGUUGAAAAUGGACGGAUAUAUCAAUUUUACGUCGCCAUCUUUGUCGAGCAAGAUUAGCAAAAAGAGCGCAAGCGAUUUUAAGCAAGCCUCAAUUUUUAUGAUGCCUGAGCAACACUCUUCUGUCCCAGGAUUUGAUACCUUGAUUCGAUUUUUAAUACCGUUGUUUGAUUCCUUUGGGCUAUAUGGAAGACCAAAGCGUUUAAAAGCAAACAGAAGCGAUGUCGACUCCCUAUUAUUUGGCUUACCAACUUUACCUCGUGUUCACUAUUUGGAACUUCAGGAUGUUGUAGAUUUGAUAAGUCGAGGUGAUUUCUUUAGUUGGGAUCUCAAAGCUUGGAACAGCAAUAUCCAGGGGCUUUUAAAAUCAAAGAUUGACCGGGGCUAUGAAGGCUGUGGAAGCCAAAGAGGAUAUAGCGGUGCGCUCAACUCCUUAAAUAGCCCUGUAUUAUCCGGAUCUCCAAGAAUGGCGAGUGGAGCAAGUCAGUUUCUGGCUCCAAGAAAGACAUCGUCUAGUUUGUCACAAGUUGGUUCACCUUUACAACCCGAAAUCAAAUCCAGCGGUAAUGGAUUUGAUAAAAAUCUACGUGAAUUAUCCAUUAGAGUUACCGGAGAUUCUGGACCAGUGCUAGGUCCAGGACCAGUCUCAGGUUCCAUGACUGGACCGCACACACCAGUAGCGGCUUCUAUGAACCGUAAUUUGGUCCCCGAACAAGCAAAGUCUCAUCAUCAAUCUAUUCAGCUUGCUGACAUUUAUCAAAAAUACUCAGAUUUGAAAACGCCUACAGAUAACUUUUAUGGCAGGACUCAAUUAUUGAAUGGAUCUGAGGAAUAUUUGAACGACGAUGGUUUGUCAGCUAAUGUCGGACAAUUAGACUUGUCUAAGAAAGUUUAUCCUACCAAUGACGAAGGAUUGUUUGGCGAUGAUGACAAUGACAAUGACGAUGAGGACAAAGACAAAGACAAAGUUGAAGAUGAAGAUGAUGAAGAAAGUAGCAAGAUCGCUUUGAAUACAGGUAACAUGAACAAUAUCGGUACGCACUCUCCUGUUCCUGUCAACACACUUGGAACUUUGAAAGUACCGUCGUUUCAAGAUCAAAAUGGUAGUUAUUCGUCUGUGGUCUCACCGAUGGCUCAAUUUGAUAACCUCAGAGACCAGUACAAAGAAGUUGAGAAGGAGAACAAAUUAUUCUAUGGCUUUAGGGUUGAAUCACCAACUUUCCAAGUUCCGUCUAAUGAAAAUCAAAGCAACCUCAAUGGUGGUGGUUUUGGUGGCAAAUUGGGUGAGGUAUCUCAAGGUACUGCAUCUACUCAAGAUUCAAACGGUGUCCCCUCUAUUCACUCUGAAUUGGGACACAUGAGCAGUGGCUCUUCUCUUGGGUCACUUGAGAAAAGUCAAGAUGAACUUGUACAGUCACACGCACCAGCUCCCUACCCCAUUAAUAAACCUAGAUUUAUAUCAUCACCGAAUUCAUCACAGAAUCAAAUAAGUCGAACCUCCGAUGAUACAGCGAAGGGCACAUUGUCCUCUUCUAAAACACAUUUUCAAUAUCCAGUUUCGCCAAUUCAAAAAGAGCAGUUCGCUCAAGGAAUGACCCCACAGAGUGAAGACACCAUCACUAUUCACAGGUCAAAUGCAAGUCCAAAUGUAAGUCUCUCUCAGCAACCACCACAACAAUCCCUGCUGGAGAAUGUUUAUCUUCAACCGCAGAUGCACCGAAAAUUGCCAUUCAUGUCACCUCAACCUGUGCCAUCCCAGUCUACUUUCCAGACAAGACCUGGUAAUUUUUCAAGGCUGAUGGAUUCGUUACCCCCAGCGAAACUGUCUCAACUAUCGGACCCUACUUUCUAUAACAAUCAUACCCAUCCUCAACAACAACAACAACAACAAAAACAACAACAACAACAACAACAACAACAACAACAACAACAACAACAACAACAACAACGCCACCAACACCAACACCACCACCACCAACACCAACACCAACACCAACACCAUCAUCAACAACAACAACAACAACAACAACAACAACAACAAAUUAGAAAUGUAAACACUCAGUACCAACAAAAAUCACAGAAUAUGCCUUCGGCAUCAAUACCCAAUCCUGUUUACAACACCUAUUCAAACCAGGGCCAGUACAGGAAACUAGACCAGUCUGUUGACCCGCAAGUGGCUACUUCUAUACAGCAGCGAUCUCAAAAUCAAAAUAUUCGAAGUCAAGGAUCUCGUGCAAAUCAAAGUGCUCAAAAUCUCAAUUUCCGCGGUUACGACAAUCAGCAGUACCAAUACUCUUACAACGCUCUGUUGAAUCAACCUCUGGCCAUCAAUAAAAUGUCACAACAACAACAGCAACAACAGCAACAACCACAGCAACAAUAUGGAUAUCCGCAAGCGAAACACCCAUACUCACAAGCAUAUAAUCCUUACGACAAUAACGCCGCAAGGAAAUAUUAG